AUGGAAAAAUCAGAGGAAGCAGGACAGAAGCCUCCAAGUUACACUGAAGCUACAGCUGCAGGACCACCUCAAUAUCCAGAGCAACCCUUACCAGGACAACAAUAUGGACCCCCACCUACAGUACAGUAUGGUUACCCUGGACAAUAUACAUACACACAGCCUGGACAACCAGCUUACAACUACCCUAAUGUUGUGGUAACUCAUCAAGGAUAUGUACCUCCAAACACAGCAGCUGGCCCGCCACCCCCUGAUCAUAUGUGUGCUGCUGUCUUUGUCACAUUAUGUUGUUUCUGGCCAACUGGUAUCAUUGCUAUUCUCAAAGCUAGUGAGGCUAAAUCAUCUUAUGCUCGAGGAGAUAUUGGAGGAGCUAAUUUGAAUGCCAAGUCAGCUAAACAGAUGAUCAACAUUAGCAUCAUUGUUGGUGUCAUUUCCUUUGUAUUGGUUGCAGUCAUACUGGGACUGUAUAUUGGUCUGAUCUUGAAUAACUUAGAUUUCUCUUAA